AUGACUUCACCAGCUCCCGAGAACGGGUACGGGCAACCAUUCCCGCUUGACCCCUCGGAAUUCGACAGCGACCCCCGAGUUUCAUUCUCAAAGCUUGAUAAUAAGUUCAUCUUGGAGACAGAGGAUGACAAGGAGUUUGUUUAUGAUACAGCCCUCAAGCGAUGGGUUCAGACGAUCGAUGAAGAGCUGCUUCGUCAACAGCAAGAAGCAUACAAGGUCGAUGGAGUAGAGGACGAGGAGGUCCACCCUCGCGAUAGAAAGCGGAAACAGCAAGAUGACGAGAGCACUCAGAAGCCGAAGAAACAGCGGGUGAACACUGCGUUGUUCAUCUCAUCCAUCCCCCUCGAUGCCGAACUUGAUGAGAUCAGAGACGUCUUCUCCAAAUGCGGUGUCAUUGCCGAGGAAAUCGAUAGUGGUCGCCCACGAAUCAAAAUGUACAUGGAUGACCAGGGGAAUUUCAAGGGUGAAGCGCUCGUCGUAUAUUUCCGUCCCGAAUCCGUCAAUCUGGCGAUUCAGAUGCUUGAUGAGACUGAGUUCCGACUGGGUGUGCCUGGACCACAGGGACCCAUGAAGAUCCAAGCCGCCGACUUCUCGUAUAAGGCCCAACAGGACGCGCCACCAAAGACGAAUAUGCGGGACAAGAAGAAAAUUAUCGCGCGGACGGCCAGACUGAACAGUAAACUUGCGGACUGGGACGACGACGACCCUUCAACUCUUCCAGAGGCCACAACAAAAUAUGACAAGAUCGUGAUUUUGAAGCAUAUGUUUACUUUGCAGGAAUUGCAGGAGGAUGUUGCCGCCAUCCUGGACAUUAAGGAAGAUAUUCGUGAUGAGUGUGCCAAGGUUGGCGAAGUCACCAAUGUUGUUCUCUAUGACAAGGAACCUGAAGGUGUGGUUAGUGUUCGGUUCGCCGAUCCCGAAUCCGCCCGGCAAUGUGUCAAGGUCAUGGAUGGUCGGUUCUUUGGUGGUACUCGCGUCGAAGCCUAUGUGUCUGAGGGACGUGAGAAAUUUAAGAAAACCAACGAGCGACGCGCAGCACUGGAAGAGAUGGCUGAGCGCGGUAUUCACGCAGAAGAUGAGGAAGAAGAACAGCGUCUGGACGAGUUUGGGAACUGGUUGGAGAGACAGAAGGAAAAGUCCGAGUCCACAGAGUCCACGGAGAAGGUCGAGAAUAUGGAACAGUGA